UUGUUGUUGCUGCUUCCCAAAAGAAAAUAAUUUUCAGCUGAAAAUUAAACCAAUCAGCUAAUUAAAUUAAGUUUUAAAACCAAUAAAAAUCAUAAAUUAUGAUAUAGCACUAAGAGGAUUGAGAAAAUCACACUUAGAAGUACAAAAUACAGCUCUGCAAAGAUGUCGCCAAAAUCUCUGUGGACCUUCGGCCUCCUAAGUGCUCUCCUUGUGACCUUGGGUUCGACGGCCAUUUCCUCGAGGGUACUCGAGCUCAGUGACAGGUUCAUUGAUGUUCGACACGAGGGCCAGUGGCUAGUCAUGUUUUAUGCACCGUGGUGCGGCUACUGUAAGAAAACGGAGCCCAUAUUCGCUCUGGUGGCUCAGGCACUGCAUGCCACUAAUGUGCGGGUGGGUCGCCUGGAUUGCACCAAGUAUCCCGCCGCUGCCAAGGAGUUUAAGGUUCGAGGCUACCCCACUAUCAUGUUCAUUAAGGGCAACAUGGAGUUUACCUACAAUGGCGAUCGUGGACGCGACGAGUUGGUCGACUAUGCAUUGAGGAUGUCUGGUCCUCCUGUUCAGCUAGUCACGCGAACGGAGAGUGUGGACAUGCUCAAGGGAUCCCACACGAUCUUCUUUAUUUUCGUGGGUCAGCAGGAAGGCGUGGUGUGGGAUACGUACUAUGCAGCGGCAGAAGGAUAUCAGGAGCAUGGAUUCUUCUAUGCCACCAGCGAGGAUAUCGCUGCCCAGCACUUUGACUUUGAGAAACUGCCAGCGGUUAUAGUCUACAAGGAGGAACAGCAUCACUUCUAUCCCCAUGGACAUCUGGCCCACGAAAUGGACCCCAAUGAAGUCAAUGAGACAGUUUUCCAGUGGGUGAACGUAGAGAGGUUCACUCUCUUCCCGAAGGUCACCCGAUUCAAUAUUCAUCAGCUGUUGAGGACAAACAAAUACUUGGUUUUGGCUGUGGUGCAGGAGGAUAAGCUCAAUCAGAUAGCCACUCAUGAGUUGGAAUUCCGUGACAUGGUUGAAGGCGUUAUUAGGAAACACAGGGCGCGAUAUCAUGAGAAGUUCCAGUUCGGAUGGAUCGGUGAGCCAUCUAUAGCACAUUCCAUUAUUCUAGACCAACUGCCUACGCCGCAUUUAAUUGCGAUAAAUUCGAGUACUCAACACCACUUUAUACCCGAAGAUGAUCCUAUGCAAAUGACCCCACAAGCUCUCCAUCUUUUUCUGGAAUCCAUCAGCAACGAAAGUGCGGUUGCCUAUGGAGGCGAUACGUAUUUCGUGCGUUUAAAUCGGGCACUGUUUGAGGUGCGAAGAGCCUUAAAGGAUAUGUGGCUGGGAAAUCCCGUGCUGACCACUGUUAUUUUUGGCCUACCGCUGGGAUUCCUUUCGCUCAUUAUGUAUUCCAUUUUCUGUGGCGAUUGUUUGGUCACCGAAGAGGAUUCCGAUGAAGACCACGAAAAGAAGGAGUAAGAGGAUCAAUUACAGAAAGAAGAGGAAGAUAGUUACUUGGAGAAAUUACUAUAAAAAGGUAAUUACGGUGAUUUCAAAACAAAUUUUGAUUGAUCAAAAGAUUGAGUUCCGUACAAGAUCACCAGAAAAAAGAAAACAAACCAAAAGGAAUACAAAUUAGGAAAGCCCCACAAGAAGUCGUAUCCCAUAGAUCAACUUUUCUACCGCAUAUAUAUGUAAGCCAAAUCUAGUCCUAUGUCAAGGUAUCUCAUCUCCGCUAAGCGAGAACUUCCAAUCCGCUUUAGGAAUCGCCAUUUGACACAAAGGAAUCAAUUCACAAUCGUGAGUUUGGUUCUUUUUUUUUCGUUUUAAGUUAGUAAAAGUAAUAAACAUGAUUUAGCGGAUGCAAA